CGCCUACCUUCGUCAAGUGACUCCGGCUACAGCCUGUUCCCUGCGGCCGCCGGCGAACUUACUUGCAGCCUCUGAAGCGCCCCAGCGUCUCUCCCGGGCGGCAGCGGCGGGCCCAUGGAGAAAGGUCCGGUGCGGGCCCCGGCCAAGCCGCGGGGCGCCAGGUGCAGCAAUGGGUUCCCCGAGGGGGAGCCGCGGCCCGGGCCGAGCCGGCCGGCCGAGAAGCCGCCGCGGCCGGAGACCAAGAGCGCCCAGCCGGCGGACGGCUGGAAGGGCGAGCGGCCCCGCAGCGAGGAGGACAACGAGCUGAACCUGCCCAACCUGGCGGCCGCCUACUCGUCCAUCCUGCGCUCGCUGGGCGAGGACCCCCAGCGGCAGGGGCUGCUCAAGACGCCCUGGAGGGCGGCCACGGCCAUGCAGUUCUUCACCAAGGGCUACCAGGAGACCAUCUCAGAUGUCCUAAACGAUGCUAUAUUUGAUGAAGAUCAUGAUGAGAUGGUAAUUGUGAAGGACAUAGAUAUGUUUUCCAUGUGUGAACAUCAUCUAGUUCCAUUUGUUGGAAAGGUCCAUAUCGGUUAUCUUCCUAACAAGCAAGUCCUUGGCCUCAGCAAACUUGCAAGGAUUGUAGAAAUCUAUAGUAGAAGAUUACAAGUUCAAGAGCGCCUUACGAAACAGAUUGCUGUGGCGAUCACAGAAGCUUUGUGCCCUGCUGGGGUUGGGGUCGUGGUUGAAGCAACACACAUGUGCAUGGUAAUGCGAGGGGUACAGAAAAUGAACAGCAAAACUGUGACCAGCACGAUGUUGGGUGUGUUCCGGGAAGAUCCGAAGACUCGGGAGGAGUUUCUGACCCUCAUUAAGAGCUGAACGUCAGCGUGUGCCGUGGGGUCUGCCGAUUGUGUUCGUCUGGGGUUAAUUGUGCAUUCCAUUUUCAGUUGUUACAGACUUGAACUUUAUUCCUUGUCACUAAUUGUGUUAAAUAAUUAUUUAUAGCAAGUUAAGUAAAAAUAAUUAAUAAAAGGGUGAGCCCUCUUCUUUCUUCUUGCCACCUUUUAGUGGCAGCAUUCAAGCAGACUGCCAAUAGUGUAAGUUACAUGCACA